UGGUAGCGCACACGUCAUCGUCACGUCAUCUUCGAACGUCCGUGUUGGUUGUAAACGCGCGCAAAUUUGUUUUGUACUGUGUGGAGCUGUAACAAGUUAACAUUAGUUUACAUGAACACGGCAGCAUACAGUUAUGGACAGAUACGUGCUAGUUGUUAUAAUCAAUCUAGAGCCAAAGAAAGAGGGCUCUUUUAACGGGGUUGAUGAAACCAAAAAAGUGUUUGAUAACUUCAAGAACAUUUCUAAGUCGAAUUUAACGCGCAUUCCUCCAUUUCCAGCCUGCUCUCUGAGUGGUAGUCCUGGCCCACAGAGAUGGUACUUUGCCAUUCAAGCCAGUUAUGGUACGACACAGUGGUGCAGCUCAGAGUGGGAGGAACUGUGUUCCCAGCGCAGUGACAGUGAGGAAUCAGAGCCGUCUGCUUUAGACACCUGCAUUGCUGCCCUUCAGGAGCAAGAGGAACAGAACGUGCUCACAGAGAACCCGUCCCAUGCAGAACUCUUUGAAGAGGCUGCUGAAGGUCUUCAUCAGUUAGCAGAUAAACUUCCUCCUCCAGGGAAGUCUUUGCUCGAUGUGAUUGUUCUGUGUGUGGAUGAGGAGGCGGGGUUGAAGGAUAUGUUGCCUGUGAUUGGCUCUUUGAAGCACUUGAGGGCAUGGCAUUCGGCACGGAUGAUCAUGGUCACUGAACACAAAGCAGGGUGGCAGAAAGCAGCCAUGUACCUAGAUGGCAGCUUAUGUUCUCCAUCAGUGAUUGACAGCUCUGUGGAUGGGAGAGAGAUUUGGAGAGGUGGACUUCACAUUAGAGAGAAAAAGUUUGUCUCGGAGCUGAAGUUUGAGGGUUUCUGUUUGAGAGCUCAGAGGAGAAAUCGCUGGAGUGAUACACUGUAUCCUCACACAGACCCACAGUGCCACACUGAUCAUAAACUACAGCAUGAGGUAUUUCAGUGUUACCAGCCUGUGUUGGAACUGAUUCAGCUGGUCAGAGUCAAAGAUCUCCCGAUUCUUCUCCAUUCCAGUGCAGAGUUUGAACUUGGUUUGACUUCUAAAUCUGUCAAAGCCAAGCUACUCUUGGACCAACUGUGCACACUGCGUGGAGAGGUGGGAGCUUUGUUUUCUCUGUCCUGUGUGAUAAGCUCGGAGACUUUCCCAGCAGCCUCCCAGCUCAGCUCCUGCAAAUGGAGAGACUUCAUGUCCAAACGCCCCAAGGACAUACCUGUGCCUGAUGUGGAGGUAAAAGGUGAAAGAGGCUGCUACCUCUUCUUGGUGCAGGGGGCGGAGUCAGGAGGCUGCACAGCACGAAUGAUACACACAGCCAAUCAGAUCAAUGGAUCUGCUGCCCUGGCAACGCUUAAUGCCCUCAUUAGGGAAAAAGUUUCACCUUCCUCAGGGAGCAGCACUGCUGACUGGCUACGGUCCCUGCCGUGUCUCCGUGGAGAGCAGUUCUUGCAAAGGGAGAGAAAGCUGGCCAAGGUGCAGACUCUGGUCCUCAAGGAAUGCUGCCGGCGAAGAGAGGAGGCCCAGAAGUCUGCUGCCAUUCCCAUGAAUGAACUGAAGGCUCUGCUGAAUCUGGCCAGAGAGCAGUACCUUCAAAUGCAUGACUCCACUCUGUCUAGAGUGUCUGAACGCAUGUGCCUGGAGAAAGGGAACCGGACUUCCUCUUCUAACACUAGUGAUGUGAAACGUUGUGCUCGCACAGAAUGGCCAGAGAGGAGUGUCCUACAAAACUACGAGAACAUACAGAGAGCCCGACAAAGAUCCAGGUGCAGACUGUUCAGCAGUGGUUCCUCUGAGAGUCUGAUGGGGCCUAAAGAUAGCCAGAGGGGAAGUUCUACACUGCUGGAUGCCAGAGAACUGCUCAAACACUUCACCCCUGAUGGACUGCCUAGUGGUGAACUACAGCCGCUGCCAGUGCUUAGAGGUGAACAUGCAUUUCAGUUGUCUCCUGACCUCACACCCAGGAAGGUGACCAAGCUUCCUUUCUCAAAAGCCGCCCGGUCCCACUACCAUGGAAUAGAGUUCUGUCUGGAUGAGCGUAUGGCCCUUGAGCGAGACCGUGGCUUUGUGAAGCUGCAGUCUCGUCUAAUAAGAUAUGAGACCCAGAGUACAUGCUGUAAGGAGCCCUGCCCUGUGCCAUUCGCCCUCAGUCCUGCACCCUCCCCAGCCGUGCUGUCUGAACCGGGCAGUGUGCCCGACGGUGAAGCUCUGCACAGUGAGCCGUCCCGGCUCAAACGCCGCUCCCGCGAAACAGACCUCCAGCCACACAAGAGGUUGUGUAAAUCGGAGAGCUCUGGAUCUCUCGGUGCAGGUGGUACUCACCCAGCAGUGGGGGCUCUGCGGCAGCAAGCAGCCCAUUCCCGUUCCAGCUCAGGUCUGGCCAGACGAUCUGCUUCGGUUGCCGACCCCUCGCCCAGUCAAAAACCCAGCCAGACCCAGACCGAGUCCCGCUCCCAGAAACACAACAGGAUGCUGAGGGAGGUGGUUGCUAAGACGCUUAAUAAACACGGGAUCAGCAGCGAGCACAAGUGCUUUGAAGCCUGUAGUCAAAGACUGUUUGACAUAUCAAAGUUUUAUCUGAAGGAUCUGAAAACCUCACGUGGCCUUCAUGAGGAAAUGAAGAAAGCAGCCAGUAACAACGCCAAACAGGUGGUUGAUUGGGUUGUGGAGAAAUCAUCUAAAAGAUGACUUGAUUUGAAGUUGGAAACACUGAAGGUAAACCUGCAGUAGGACGCUGUGAUAAGAACUAACAUCAUGAUGCUACAAAGUGAAUGGAUGGAGCUUUAAGAAAAGUGCUUCAAAUGCUGUAGAACUUCUCACAGCAUUAAUUAUACAACUGUUCCUGGCAUGUACAUAUUUAUUUCUAUAUUCUAUUUUUUUUGUGUGUGUAUGUUUGUGAUCAUUUUAAUGUAUCAAAACUGUUAUUUCAUUUGGCUUUUUAAGUUUUAACACUUGAACUGAGUGUCUGACUGACAAACAACAGCUAAAUAUGGCCCCACGUUUUCUGACAAGUGCUGUUUUGCAUCAUGAAAAUUAGUCAGAGGGCGUUUCUUCCCAGAUCAUAUUUCAGUAAUCAGUUCGCUCGAAUCACAACUCAAGCGUGAAACAAGGAACACAUGAGAGUCUCAACGUUUUUCCCAAAACCUCAUCAUUCCUUCUGUGAUUGCCUCAUCUUUUCUUUUUCGUUGGUCACACACAAGCUAUCGGCACUCAACUAGAGCUGCACGUAGUUUGCCCUAUAAUUACCUAAGGUCACAUUGGGGAAAGAGUAACUUCUCCCUGGUACUCCCUGCCCAGAGAAGGUUGAGGGUGUCUCGUUUGGCAAACUAGUCGCCGGACACAUUCCAGUCCCACACAGGGCCAUUGUUCUCGCUCCUGGGUACCCAGAGGGGUGAUGGGAAAGGAGGGAGGGAGGGGGCUGCACAUUACAUUGGCAGCCCUGAAAGCCCUCGAAGGCAACACAAUCUGAACUCACUGCUUAUCACCAGAGCUGCUCUAGUUCACAUGCUGAAACUCAGCAUUAUGAUGUUGAAUAAAACAGAUGUUUUUAGCAAGGUUUUAGUUUAUUGAUACAUUGUGAUACUUCAUUUUUCCCAAGCCAAAUCAGCAUUUUGAUCUGCAUGGGUAACCUCUAUUAAACUUUGGACUUGUUUUCUACA